AUGUUAAUAUUGUUAUUAUAUUUUAUGACGUUUUAUGGUGUUGGUAAUACGGUAUAUUAUGACUCGUUCCACGGUACUGUUAUCGGUAUAGAGGAAAUGAAAGAACAUGUGAAGAAAAAUACUACAUUCUGGUGUACCAACGAAAUAGCACCGUGCAAUCCCAAUGAAGGUAGACGAAUAGAUGGGUCAUGUAAUAAUUUGGAGCAUCCCACCAGAGGGGCAACCCAUACUCCAUUUUAUAGGGUCCUGCCAGCAGUCUAUGAUGAAGAUUUCGAGCCCAGAAAAUCGAAAUCGGGCAAGGAGCUGCCAUUGGCGCGAAAGUUACGUACUCACCUACUAUCAGACGGACGCGUACCAAGCCAGAAGUUUACGCAACUCGCUACCCACUUCUUCGUCUUCAUUCCGGCUGAUAUAGUCUCCUUACAAGACACUGUGAACUUUAUAGUAUGGAAACCGUACUGCUGUUUGCCUAAAGGUAAAACUGACAGGGACUGUAUACCAAGCAUUGUCCCUGAUGAUGACCCAGUAUUCCGUUUCUCUGAUAUCCGCUGCUUGAAUCUGACUAGACCUGCCUCUUUUCAAUCCACCGGAUGUAUCAAAAAUGAUACUGUUCCAGAGAGGAUAGUAACAUCAACACCGUUAUUCGACAUGUCAAAUAUAUACGGGAAUUUGGAAAAUAAUUUAAUGAAGAAAGGUCGAAAAUUUGAACGUGGUUUAUUGAAAUAUGAAGUUGAAAAUGGCAGGGUAUGGCCACCGAGUACCAAGACACAGGUAGACUUAUGUUUGCUCAACCAGAAACCAGCUGAAACCAGAUGUCAUGAUACGCCUGAGGAUGGAGCGAACACUGUUCUUGGGAUCAAUCUGUUUACAAUUUGGUUUUGGAGGUACCACAAUAUGGUAGCCGAUAUACUGGCCAAUUUAAACCCAUGCUGGAGUGAUGAUCGUUUAUUUUACACAGCUAGAGAUAUUAAUAUUGCUUCAGUUAUGCAAAUUUUCUACUAUGAAUUCCUUCCUACAUUGUUGGGUCGGAAAAAUUUACUGCGUGACGGAGUUAUAUCAUCAUCAUCAGGUUUUAGAGAUUUAUACAAUUCUAAUGUGUUGCCGCAAUUAUCUUUGGAGUUUCCAUUUGUACUGCGAUGGGCACAUACUAUACAGGAGAGUAAUUUGAAAUUUUAUGACAAAGAAGGUCAUUACCUACGACAAUUUCCACUAGUGAAUCUCACUUUGAGAACAGGUUUCUUGGCUGUAGAUGAUAAUAUUGACUAUAUAACGCAAGGCAGUUUUCGACAACCGAGCGGCAAAGUAGAUUAUACUGUGGACUUUGAUAUGACUGGCAUCGGCCUAGGUCCCCAUCAACGAGCAACAGAUAUACUAACAAGUGACAUGGCUAAGAACAGGUACUUUGGAUUCCCACCCUAUGUCAAAUACAAGGAGUUCUGCAAAGAAAAGCAAUAUACCUCUUUCGAGGAUCUGUCUAGUGACAUAGAUCCUGAGCGUUUAGAACUGCUCAGAGAAAUUUAUGAAAACGUAGAAGACAUAGACCUCCUAGCUGGUAUUUGGAACGAGAAGUUAAUUAAAGAUGGUUCCGUACCGAGUACAUUCUACUGCAUCGUUGUAGAACAAUUAAUAAGGAGUAUAACGUCGGACAGACACUGGUAUGAGAGGUCUGAUAGACCCAACGCUUUUACUCUCGAACAACUUCGUGAAAUAAGAAGGACUACAGUUUCUCGUUUGUUGUGUGAUAUAGCAGAUACUGUAACUGAAAUACAGCCGCAUGGAUUCCUUAGAACGAGUCACAAGUAA